AUGCCAAGCCCAAAUAGACGUUCCCGAUCUAGGUCCAGAAGCAGGAGCAAAUCUCCAAAGAGAAGUCUAGCAAAGAAGGCAAGAAAGACUCCAAAGAAACCAAGAGCAAAGGGUCGAGCCAAGAAACCAUCUACUUUAUCCAUAAUUGUUGCUGUCAUCCAAGCAAUGAAGAACACAAAAGGGUCGUCAAUCCAAGCCAUUAGGAAAUACAUCCUGGCUAACAACAAAAGAAUCAACACAUCUUACCUUGGAUCUGCAAUGAAGUUGGCUUUUGCAAAUGGAUUGAAAUGUGGUGUUUUAGUCAGGACCAAAACUUCCGCUGGUGCUUCUUGUGCUUCUGGUGCAACUGGUAGCUUCCGAGUUGGAAAAGCACUUGCUUCUCCCAAGAAAAAGGCAAAGAAAACCAAGUCACCAAAGAAGAAAUCAAACAAUGCAUCAAACAAUGACAAGGCUAAGAAGUCACCCCGAAAGACGAAAGCUGUAAUUAAAAAGUCAUCGAAGUCUAAAGCCAAAAAGCCAAAGUCUCCGAAGAAAAAGAAGGCUGCCAAAAAACCAGCAAAGCUGUGUCCUUUUCCCUUAAGUAAACGUAUUUACACUUUUUGUAUUUAG